GUGCUCCACCCGCCUCCCCGGCGCCAAGGGCCGUCUACACGCGCGAGAAUUCGCUACCUGAGCCACCGCGCCGGCCACGCGACCCCGCUCAGCCACCCGGCCGCCUCCUCCACGAGCUGCUCACCGCGCGCAAACGCGAUUUCUAUGUGGAGGCCUGAAUACCACAUCCAGUUGCUCUAAAAACUUAGAUCUCCAUCCGUGAGAGAUUUGGGAGGAUCGUAUUAUUUGCACAUCAGCUCUUCCUGAAGACUCCACAUGACUUCUCCAUGCUCCUUCCCUCCAAAACCCACAAUCCCUCCAAUAAUCCACGAGCCCCAAGACCCCAACAUUCCACCUCCUUUACCCCCAAGUCCCCUGGACUUAGCUUUGCCACCCCUUCCCUGUAGUCUCCAGGCUUCUGUUCCACCCCCACCCCCACCCCCACUGCCCCCUCCGCCCUCUGCUGUGGAGGUUGUUCCUCAUGUCUACGGCCUGGAGAAGAGCCAGCUCCUGAAGGAGGCCUUGGAGAAGGCUGGCCCAGUCCCCAAAGGCAGAGAAGAUGUGAAGAGACUCCUGAAGCUGCACAAGGACCGGUUUCGAAGUGACUUGCAAUGGAUCCUCUUUUGUGCUGACCUACCAUCCCUCAUCCAAGAAGGCCCUCAGUGUGGACUGGUGGCCUUGUGGAUGGCAGGCACUCUUCUGUCAACUCCUGACAGCGUCUCUCUGCAAAGACUGGUGCAGGUAGCCAUGGAGAGAGGCUACACGGUGCAGGGAGAGAUGUUCUCUGUGGCUGACAUGGCCAAACUGGCCCAGGAGACCUUGGACUGUGAGGCUGAGCUCCUCUGUGGUGGCCUGGGUGGUCCCAACAGAGGUCGGGUCCUGCAGCACCUCAUCACUGGACAUCCCUUGCUCAUCCCCUAUGAUGAGGAUUUCAACCACGAGCCGUGUCAAAAGAAAGGCCACAAGGCCCACUGGGCAGUGACUGCAGGGGUCCUGAUAGGUGUGCAGACUGUGCCAAUCCCUGGCUACAUGGAAGACUCUGAGUUGCCAGGCCUCUUCCACCCAGUGCCUGGGGUACCCAACCAACCACCAUCCUUCCCAGAGGAGAGCUCCCCAGGUGCCAUCUUCCUUCUCUCCAAGCAGGGCAAGAGUUGGCAUUACCAGCUGUGGGACUACAACCAAGUCCGGGAUAGCAACCUGCAGCUGACAGACUUCUCCCCUGCAAGGGCCGCCGAUGGGCGGGUAUACGUGGUACCUGCUGGUGGGGUGCAGGCUGGCCUCUGUGGCCAGGUCCUGCUGCUUAGACCACGAGAGUGAGCCAUUAGCCGGGGCUGGGGCACCUGCCUUGAACUUCCCUCCAUCCCGCUGGAGUGUCUCAGCUUCAUCCCUUGUGUGGUGUCUCCAGUCCACCUGUAUCUUGAGGACCUCCUGCCAGGACUCUUUCACAGGAUCACCCCAGCUGUGCAGUCACAAGCUUAGCCAUUGUCCACAGUCUAAAUUUAUUACUUGCAGGAUUAAGCACUCCUUUGGUUAAGG